AUGCCUGUAACGCUAGUAUCGGAUAACGGUACUCAGUUUACGAGUGUGGAAUUUGCCAACUUCUGUGCUCUCAACGGCAUCGAGCAUGUCACAACGGCCCCGUUCCAUCCCCAGUCUAACGGCCAAGUUGAAAGGUUCGUUGACACCUUCAAGCGGGCCGUCAAAAAAAUUCAAGAGGGGAGAGGAUCCAUUGCUGAAGCUCUAGACACCUUCCUGCUAACCUACAGAACAAUUUUACCAAUGACACCGCAUGCUCAGCAAAAUCAACAGCGAAGAUCGUUCAAUCGAAACGAACUGGUUUUCGCAAAGGUUCAUCACAGAAACACUUGGAAGUGGGCUCCUGGUGUUAUUCUGGAGAAGAUAGGUGAUGUGAUUUACGAUGUCGUACUGAGACUGUUUCACCCAAACACCGGUCCUUUAUCGUCAGCCAGCAGUAGUACUAAAUUGUUGCCGCUCGACGUCCUUCUUGGUGCCUGGGAUCUACUGAAGCUUUCAGACAGUACAUCCGCAGUAUCAUCCGUUGGCUCACCGCAGUCUUUGGUUACGCAUAGCUCACAAUCGCCGACGUUACAGCCGAUGACACCGACACGUUUGUCUUCUACUCCCACAAGUGUUCCACUACCUCAGCUAGUGGCAAGUCCGUCGUCCUCGUCAUUAUCUUCAUCUACAGCAGCAUCAACGGAGUUCGAGUCAGCGACCGAAGCAGACCUGGUGGAAACUUUACCGCGUCGUUCCACCCGGACCAGAAGUCGGCCACAAUGGUUCGACCCGUACCACCUUUAUUAA